GCCGCCGCCGCCGCCGCCGCCCGGUGCGUCGCGGCCAGCCCGCGCGUCCUCCCCGCCGCCCGGGGGCUGCUCCGUCUGGGCCAUGGAUGGCGGGGAUCUGAUGAGCUUCUUUCUUCUGGCAUCAUUAACGGACCUUUUACCAUGAACAGUUCUAACCCAGCAAGUGUGUAUGCUAAUGGGAAUGAUAACAAGAAAUUUAAAGGCGAUAGACCUCCCUGUUCACCUUCUCGAGUUCUCCAUCUGCGCAAAAUUCCAGAUGAUGUCACCGAAGCAGAGGUCAUCUCAUUAGGUCUACCCUUUGGCAAAGUAACUAAUCUUUUGAUGUUGAAAGGAAAAAGCCAGGCUUUCUUAGAAAUGGCUUCGGAGGAAGCAGCUGUUACUAUGGUGAAUUAUUACACUCCUGUUACUCCUCACCUUCGAAGCCAGCCUGUUUUUAUUCAGUAUUCCAAUCACAGAGAACUUAAGACUGACAAUCUACCUAAUCAAGCUAGAGUCCAAGCUGCGCUGCAGGCCGUCAGUGCUGUUCAGUCGGGAAAUCUGGCCCUUCCUGGAGCUCCUGCCAAUGAAGGCCCAAUCUUACCUGGGCAGAGCCCUGUCCUUCGAAUAAUUAUUGAGAACCUCUUUUACCCUGUCACUCUGGAAGUUCUUCAUCAGAUAUUCUCUAAAUUUGGCACAGUCUUGAAGAUAAUCACCUUCACAAAGAAUAAUCAGUUUCAAGCCUUGCUUCAGUAUGCUGACCCAUUGAAUGCACAUUAUGCAAAAAUGACUCUGGAUGGCCAGAAUAUCUAUAACGCAUGCUGUACUCUGCGCAUUGACUACUCCAAGCUCACCAGCCUUAAUGUGAAAUAUAAUAAUGACAAAAGUCGAGACUUCACUCGCUUAGACCUUCCUACGGGUGAUGGCCAGCCGUCCCUUGAGCCCCCAAUGGCUGCUGCUUUUGGUGCACCAGGUAUCAUUUCCUCACCAUAUGCUGGGACUGCUGGAUUUCCCCCAGCCAUUGGAUUUCCUCAAGCAGCAGGCCUCUCAGUCCCUGCUGUCCCUGGAGGGCUCGGUCCUCUCACCAUUGCCUCCUCUGCUGUCACUGGAAGAAUGGCCAUUCCUGGGACUGGUGGGAUUCCAGGAAAUUCUGUUCUACUUGUCACAAAUCUCAAUCCUGAUCUUAUCACACCACAUGGACUUUUUAUCCUAUUUGGAGUAUAUGGUGACGUACACCGAGUGAAGAUUAUGUUUAAUAAGAAAGAAAAUGCACUGGUUCAGAUGGCAGAUGCAAAUCAAGCUCAACUAGCAAUGAAUCAUCUGAGUGGGCAGAGACUUUAUGGAAAAGUGCUUCGUGCUACACUCUCCAAGCAUCAAGCAGUUCAGCUUCCUCGGGAGGGACAAGAAGACCAGGGUCUGACUAAGGAUUUUAGCAAUAGUCCUUUGCAUCGCUUUAAAAAACCUGGCUCUAAAAACUUCCAGAAUAUUUUUCCACCAUCAGCCACGUUGCAUCUUUCCAACAUCCCCCCUUCUGUUACAGUGGAUGAUCUGAAGAACCUUUUCACAGAAGCAGGAUGUACAGUGAAAGCUUUUAAAUUCUUCCAGAAAGAUCGCAAAAUGGCACUCAUUCAGUUGGGAUCUGUGGAAGAAGCAAUCCAAGCCCUAAUUGAGCUUCAUAACCACGACCUUGGAGAAAAUCACCACCUCAGAGUUUCCUUCUCAAAAUCAACCAUCUGACUUUCUGUGAAUUUUUCUUCUAGGACUGGACCAUAAUUUCAGGAACCUUUCACACACAGACUUAAGCAACUCAAGACCAAUUCUGCCUCUUUCACAGAAAUUAACUUUCAGAGUUUGUUCGAUAGUCAAGUAUAUUAAAAACAAACAAACAAGGGAUAUUCUUUUUACCAACUAUUCCCCCUACCAGUAUGUGAUCCAAAUCUUGUUUCUUUGUACCAUAAUUUCUAUGAAAAUAACCAUCAAAAAAAUUUUUUUCCAAUAAUUGAAUUUCUUCUGUUAAAUUGGAUUUUAAGAGGACAGGUUUUCUUUCAGUUUGGGUCCAGAUUUGCCUUACACAGCAUUUCUAAACUCCUUUGUACUUUGAAAAAUUUAAGCAGAUACACUUUUUAAAUUAUUUACAAUCAGGUUUUUAACUUGGUGAUUUAGAAGUUUGAUCCCUAACGAAAAUUGUGUUCACUUAUAAAUUGCGUCAGUCAUUAGGCAUAUGUUGCUAAUUAUUAUACAUAAAUUGAAUUAUAUUGGAAGCAGAUUUAUAAAAUUGCAUGUUUUCUUCCAGUGGUUCUUUUUUUCCCCCCACUGUAAGACACUCCUGUGAAUACUGCAUAUGUUUCAACUUUUUACGACUCUAUGGAGAAAUGAAGUGUCUCAGCUGUCCCCAGGGAAAAUAAGUGGACUCCAACCAGGAUCUGUUAGAGGGUCAGCAUAGGUAAUGAUUUUAUUAGGAGAAUCAUGUGGCAAAUUUCAGAAUGAUACUUAUUUGCUGAAUAACGUGGUCUUGAAAACUUUAAAAGAAAAGAAUCCUUAUAAACUACUUGUUAAUAAUUAUUUUCAGAAAAAAAGUUUACAGUCUUAAGGAAAAAUAUUCAGGUCUAUCAUAUGGUUUGACAGAUUUUUUAAAAGUUAUUUUUGGUAAGGUCUUCUUUUAGAAAAAAAAUUAAUCUCAAGGGUUUUGUACCACUAUAAUCUCUAAUACUUAAUUCAAAAUUACUGUGUAUUUACUUAAUUUCUUACGUGCCUUAUUACGUGCUUAUGAAAUGAUAGGUUAGGAUUUUAAGUAUCUUGAAAGCUAUAUGUGGGCUUGGUGAGCGAUUUUUGUCUUUUUGGAUUUUUGUCUUCUCCCUUUUUUGGUGAGGAUUUUAAAGUUACUUUCAUUGCAACUUUAAAAGAUUUUCAGUAAGAGUCUUCAAAUUUUUGGUGCUUCGUGCAGAGACGGGGCAGGGAAAGGGGAAGGGUGAAAGGUCUGGGGAAUGACUCAGUGCACACCUGUAGACAGACAUCUCCGCAUUAGGACCAAGAGCAGUCACUGCCAGGUCCAGUGUACACUUGCAAAAUGCAAUCUCGGUUUCUGAACCUUGUCUAAUCCUUAUCAUUGUAAGAACUUGUCUCAGGAUUACUUGCUUUGUUUUGUUGUUUCCUCUUAACUCACGUGAUAACUUGCCUUUUUUGUUGUUAAUAUAACUUCAUUACUCAGUGCCCACAUACAUGGAGUAUGAGAAAUUGGGUUCUUGCUCACACCUUGGAUUGAAUGUAAGAGUACACUUUAAUGUUACUUCAGUGAUUGUAUGAUUCUUUUUUAAAGAGGAACUUUAUGCUUUUGUUCACUUUUAAGUGCUUAGGUUUUUUUUAAUAGUUUGUCAAAAGGGUUAUUUUUGUCCACUCCUUUUAUACUUUUCAGAUUCUUAGAGUGACUCAUCUCACCUUUUAAAGUAAUAUCUCAAAUCUCUGCUGUAUUUCAGCUGUUAAUUUGAAUGCAGGAAAGUCUUUCUAAAAAUUAAACAAGAAAGUUGAAGAUUACGAAUUUUAAUAGGUUGUUUGAGAAAACAAUUCACUAAGCAGCAAGAGGGGGAACAGAAAGGUAGAUCGAGAUCUUUCAGAUAGAUCAGUUUUAGUGUUCACUGAAUUGAUAUACGAAUUUGUCUAGUUACUAUUCACUUGGGAAAUGUAUUUUUACCAAAGCACUGAGAAAAGCAAGCGAGGGGUUCAGGGUGGGGAAUAUCUAUGAGAAAUCUCCCACAUUUAUUUAUAUAAGCAUGAUUAAAAUUUUCAGUGGCAUGUUAAUUGGAUUAGUUCAUUUACUUUGAGUUAGGAUUUACUGUUGUAAUUUUAAUUCAUUAUUCUCUUAGCAUUUAGUACAAUUGUAGCAUAGUGUAGCAGAAGGGAGAUCAUAAUAGUGUUGAAUAUAGUUUUGAAGUAGGAAAUGGCCUUUAAAUCUAACAGAACAUUUGAAUCCUUUUCAGGGAUUUGUGUAUGUGUGUGUGUGUGUGCGCGUGUUUGUGUGUAGAUAAGUGUAUAUACAUGCAUACGUACACUCGUCUAAUGUUGUACAUACAUAUGCACAUUACAUUUUAAUUUAUUGACAAAGAACAUCAAGAUUUGAGAAAGUGAGGUUUUCUUGUUUGAAAUUGUGUGCUUGAAACCAUCAGUUUUUGUCUAAAAUUAGCUAUAUCAUGUGGAUGUCCACUUUGGUAUGUUUGCUGUUUGAAUUAUAGAGAUCCGCAGUGUUUGUGUUAGCAUGAUUUCUGUAAAAAAGACUUCAGGGUAGUGGAAAAACUAGGUCUUUGUAUAUGUUUGGCAUGUAUUAUUCUUAAUCUCCAAAGCAUUAUUUUAUUUUUGCUGUUAAGCUUAUUUACUUUAUCUUACAAAGUAUUGUCUCAUAACUUUUGGAGGUAUCUUGGCUUUUACACAUAGUGUAAAAUACAUAUAUUCAGGACUUUAAAAAAAAUAGCAGUACAUGCUUAAGACUAGCAAUUUUUGGCAAGACUUUUACUUUGAGAUUUUAAUAAUUUGCAUUACAGUAAAGUGUGUUUUAUGUGAGAUUCAAAUAGGAAAAUGAACUAGUACCCUAAUUAGUAACUUAUUGGAGAAUAUCAGAAUUAUCCAGUUGCUUCCACAGGAUGCCAUAAAUUCAUUAAGACUAAAUCUUUAAUUAUUUGUAUUAAUGUUUCUGAAAGUUGUUUUUAGAGAGAGUGUCUGCCUUAUUUCUUAUGGAAGCGCUUCUUCGGCUCCACCUAGCUAGGUUCUGCGACAGAUGAUUAGAGGGAGCUCAUGAAUAUCUCUGCUCAGGUUUUGUAUAACUUUCAGAGCUUCCAUGUCAUUAGGCAGGAAGAUUUAUACCUAGAACAUAUUACCACGCAAUUUUUCUUCCAUUCCCACUAACGUUUUAGGACAGAUGUCCCCGUGAGUCACUUGAGUAAGUUAAAUAAAAGUCCAACUUUGCCAAACUAUAAGCCUCUUAGAAAACCUAACACGUACUGCUAUUUUUAAAUCAAAACAAUGAAAGACAGUAUGACUAUGUGUAAAAGCAUUUUCUUAGCAUUUUUUUGUCUUGUUCUGUUGUUAAGAAUAAAACUGCCGGACUUAAAAUAUUCUACUAUUGUGCUAAAAUAAAUGAAGUUAGAUUGCACAAAUUUUUUUCCUUUAAAGAAAAUGGAACUUAGUUGUCUUGAAAGAAUUGUGUUGUUAUCUACAAGAUUAUUUGCGGUCUUUCCAGAGCAAAUUCUAAUGGCUUGUUAUGAAUGGUUUAAAAACUAGAAAGUUACAAAAAUACUAGUUUUGAA